AUGUCCAAUCCGGUGGUAAAUGAACCUCGACACGAUAAUGUGGAAAUAAACAAGCUAUCCCUUGAUCUACAAGCUGCAUCGUUCUCUUUGGGGUUUUUGGAUGAAGAGGAGGGAUACUACCGAGAACCGGACUGCACCGAAUCUGUUCGGGACAUCGUCCGGUGUCUGAGACGGGAUGAUGAUUUUCGGACGCUCAGACGAGAAAUCCUGAGUUCGCGCCUGAUUCAAACCGAUCUGAUCCCGUUGCUCAAAUAUCAUUCGAGCGAUAAGGAGCUGUCUGGGCUGGUAAUCCGACUUCUCAUGAAUUUGACCAACCCUCCUUUGUUGGUGUACGAGGAGGAACUGCCUGGUGACGUGUAUGGUAGGCAUUUCUAUUUAGAACUCGUGUCAUUGCUGCAAACAACGAAAGAAUAUUUCAAUGAUCCACGUUUCUGGGAAGUACUUCGAUUAAUGCUACAGAAAGUUAUUGAGACGGAAGCACGAGAACGCAGUGAAGAACAACGACUCUUCAUCGAACGGACUUUGAUACUGUUGCGGAAUGUUCUGCAUAUUCCUGCUGAUCCCGCGGAAGAGCAUCGGGUUGAUGAUGAUGCUUCUGUUCAUGACCAGGUUAUAUUCGCAAUGAGGAAAUCAGACUUGGAUGCCAUCCUGAUGUACUUGGCGUCGGCGGAUGAUGAACGAGAGCUUUCGCUUCAUGUGUUGGAAAUAAUUUCUCUGAUGAUGCGAGAUCAGGAUCCCAUGGAGUUGGCAAAAUGUGGUUCUUCGGAUGCAGGCACUCGUUCUGACUUAGCCAAAGAUAGAGACGAAAUUGAACUACUUGCUGCUCGUGAAAGGGAGCAAGCGCAACGUCAGGCAGCUUUGCGAAAGGCUCUUGGAAGAAAUUUGAAGGGAAGCUAUCAUGUCAAAGGAAUGAAGGGUGUUGGAACAAACGAAGUUAUUACGCACAAACCGUUUCAAGCUCCCAGUCAAAUAACUUUUGAUCGCUUGAAGCAAAAAAGGCGAAUACCGAAGAACAAGUUUGUUCCGCGUGAGAAGGAGCCAUCUCAGCGAAGAAGGUCUGCCUUGCCUGUGCUUGUUUUCCUGAAAGAAUUCGCCCUGGAGUUUCUUCAUGGAGCCUACAAUAAAAUCAUGUCUAUUGUGAAGAAUUAUUUGAGUGCUGGAAGAGCUCAAGCCAAUGAUGAAAGCUACUACUUAUGGUCCUUGAGGUUUUUUAUGGAGUUUAAUCGCCACCACAGGUUCGAAGUGGAUCUCGUAAGUGAGACGCUGAGCGUGACAAUCUUCACCUUCGUUCAGAUGCAAGUCGAUCGAUACUCAGACAUGAUGAUGACUGACAAGCGAAAAAUGCGGCUGUGGGCCAAGCGAUUGCAUAUUGCCUUCAGGGCAUACCAUGAGCUCCUCAUGAACAUUGUUUCGAUGUCGUGCCAACGAGAUCAGACAAUGCAGUCUGCUGCAAGGAUCCUUAAGAGCAAUAUUUUCUAUCAACCAGAGUUUCGUGACAUGCUUCCGAUUCAUCUGCACCGGUUCAGUCGGGCAAAGUUUUCAGUAGAUUACCUGAAAGAUCUCGUCGAGACGAACCAUGUGUACCUGAAACUGCUGGAAGAUUUCACGAAAGUACAUUCGAAAAUUGUAAUUCAGAAGAAAAUUCGAUCUAAGAAACAGAAGAAAAAGCGAGAUACGAAGAAGGAAACGGAAGAAUCCCGCCAAACUCGCCUUGAAGAAGAAUGGGGAACCCUGAGCGGAAUUUUCCCGCAAGUGUUCGAAGGCAUUUCCGAAUCCGAGUUGGAAGACGUGAUUCCUUUCGAUUUGCUUUUGACAGAAGAGGAAGAGAAAAAAGCUGAUGCGAUUAAAAGAAUGCAAUCGGCCCUGCGGAGAAAGGAUUCUGGUGGAUGUUUGGAAGCGCUAAGCUCGUUGCGUUCAGUGAGGCUUCUCAUUACUGACGGUACUUUCGGUCCUCCGGAAGUCAAAAUGACUUCGGACGACGAAGUGCGUCUGUUGCGGGAAAUGUUCUUUGCGAACAUCGGUACCCAAGCGGAAGAAGAAGAAGCCAAAGAGUCCGACAAAGAAGACGAGGACAGUGAGGAAGAAGAGGAAAUGAAUGAACGCGUUGUAGAAAAAGAACUCGAGUUCAAAGACUUCGUCGUCAGAUAUGCGAAUGCGAAGGUGGUCGAAAACUAUUCAUUUCUUCUGAAGUCGUACGAGCAGAAUUCCGCCCACACGAAUCAUUGCAUCGUUAAGAUGUUUCAUCGCCUGGCGUUUGACAGCGGACUUGCACCAGUUCUGUUCCAAGCUAGCUUAUUUUGUACGUUUCAAAGAAUCAUGCAUGAUCCCGCUGUUUCAUGCACACCUGCGCUAAAAGAAUUGGCAAUUUUUGGGACCCACUUAUGGCGGCAAUUUUCGAAAAUGGCGAAAGAAAAGCCUUUGGUAUUCGUCGAGCUCUUGUUCUGGAAAACUCAACGGGAUGCCGUGGAGAUCAGUGUUGGAUACGGUUCUUAUCAAGCCAAGUAUGUUGAAUUCUUCGAUUGCAAGGAUGUCGCUGAUCUCAUCAUGGAAAACCUGAUCGAUCGUCAGAAAUCGAAGCGAAUGAUUGUGAAGAAGCUACGAGAAAUGGGACUCAUGGAGCCAGCAAAGGGUUCGAAUCGUGCAAAAAGUCUCAAGAAUGUUCCAUGGAAAGAAGAAGAUGAAGACGAACUUCGAAGAAAUUGGCUGACUUGUAAAGACGCUUACGAUCCGCUUGGAAGAUUGUUCGAUUUGAUGACAUUGAAGCGACCCAAGAAUCGCAUUGCGGACAAGCUGCUCGAGUUCGGUUUAAUCCACGACAAAUCCGAGUUGCGAAAAGGAGGUCGAAAGAAAGGCAAAAACGAGCCAGAAGACAGUGAUUCUGAUACCGGUGACGAAACUGAUGGUUCAUCUAAUGAGCCUGAACCGGAAGUGGAAGAAGAUAAUAAUGUCGGCGCAGGAAAUGCGGCAGUCGACGCGAUGGCCGCCGAUGUUCUUCAACGAAUCCGAGAGCUGUUGCCGCUCGAAGACACGAAAGGUGUUUUCCUUUGGCUGGCAAAAAAUCUUCGCCGUGCUGCAGAAGACGUGGAUGAAUCCGCGCAUGACGCCAUCCCAGACACAGAAGGAAUCGCUUUGGUCCCCAUCGACGCCUCAGCCUGCGAAUACGUGGAAGAAGCCAGCAAAUUCAACGAAGACGAUACUCAAGAAGGUGUCGUGGGCCGAGCAUUUUAUCAUCUGCUGAAACGUUGCGGAUUUUCGCCGCCUGCGCGUGGUGGACAGGAAACUUACUGGCGCCUGUUUUCGCCGCCGAAAAACCCGAGAAAUUGCGGAGCUGCUCUGCGUUUGCGUGCCGAGUAUUUGGAGAAGAGUUGCUUGCACGGCGUCGGAUUCGACUUGGUCCCGGAUGCAAAGUUCUUUGGAGAAGGUUUUGGUUUUUCAACGGACAAGACGACCCUGAAAGAGAGAAAGAAGUUGCUGAAACGAAUGGAACGAGAAAAGAAGUAUCAAGAACGCAAAGCGCGAAAAGUUUCAGAUAAGACCAAGCAAAAUAAAUCCGCGAAGGCGACGGUGAAAAAGUCGACGACCUUCAAGAGCUCUGAAUUCAUCGACUCCAACGACAGUUCAAGCGACGAUGAAUCAGCUCUGCAACGUAUUUUGGGCAGAGCCGCCGGUGUCGAAGCCACGACACACGCCGACGAGGAGCGGGAGGAAAUUUUUGGAAAAACCAGCGCCGACGUUGAACGUUCGUCGUCUGUCUCUUCAAACGAUUCGUCAAGUGACGACGUCGACAGCGACAGAAAAGCUGGCAACUCCCGAGUCGGCGAAAGAAGCAGAAACAAGGAGGCGUGGAAGCGGGCUCGAAGACUAAUGUACAGCAACUCUGAUGACGAGGCCCCCAGGGAUGCUGGUGUCAUUGGGAAAGCCAAGCUUCGACGAAAGAAGCAAGUGUCUGAAAGUUCAGAAAAUGGAGAAGACCCUGGUGAAGUGAAGGAUCCCGCUUUGGAUUCUGAUGAUAGUGAGGCUCCGAGUACCAAACAGAAGCAGAGAAGAGGAAGAUUGCUUUCCGAUUCCUCCGAAGAUGAAUCUGAAAAUAGUGACGACGUCGACAGCGACAGAAAAGCUGGCAACUCCCGAGUCGGCGAAAGAAGCAGAAACAAGGAGGCGUGGAAGCGGGCUCGAAGACUAAUGUACAGCAACUCUGAUGACGAGGCCCCCAGGGAUGCUGGUGUCAUUGGGAAAGCCAAGCUUCGACGAAAGAAGCAAGUGUCUGAAAGUUCAGAAAAUGGAGAAGACCCUGGUGAAGUGAAGGAUCCCGCUUUGGAUUCUGAUGAUAGUGAGGCUCCGAGUACCAAACAGAAGCAGAGAAGAGGAAGAUUGCUUUCCGAUUCCUCCGAAGAUGAAUCUGAAAAUAGGUUGAUUUUGGAUUCCUCAGCCAAGAGCGGAAACCUUGAUGAAGAAAAAGAUUCAACUGACGAUGAAGGAGAAAACGAAGCAUCUUCAGAAAGUCGGAGAAAAAUUGCUGAUAAGGCACCCAAACCUGUGGUAGGAGCAGAUCCUUUUGAUGCAUUGAUGAAAGCGUCGAAAUCGCCGACGUCAUCCGGAAGAGUUCGGAAUUUGUCCAGUUCAGAAGAUGAAGUCCGAGUUGUCCCUUUACUACUGCUCCUACUACUUUGUUCAGCCAGUGGUUACGCCUUCGCUGCAUCUUGGCACAAUUCAAGUCUGCUUCUCCUACUUCACUUACUCGGUGCACUGCUACCUCCGCUUUUUGAUAGGUGGCUCAUUGGUGAUGAGGAAAGCAAUGAUUCCGAUGAUGAUGAUGUUGUUGGUUUUAGGAGGAAAAGCAGAAUGCGAGUCGAAUCUGACUCGGAUUGA